AUGAAAAAAUAUCUUCUAAUCAGUUUAUUAUUAUUGAAUAUUGUAACUUAUUCUUUGGCAACUCUUGUCGAUGGAAUUGUUACAUUAAGUUGGUCACCAAAUGAACCUACACCAUUAAUUGAUCGAUUUUUAUCAAAUAAUACUCAAAUUCAAUUACAAAUUCUUUGUCAUGAAUCAACAACAAAUGUUAGCGUAGUUUUAGAUCAAGUUAAAAAGAAAUCAUAUAAAUUUAAUAAAGCACCUAAAGAUGUAACUAUUAAAAUUCGUGGUCGAAUUGGUCGUGUUGUUGGAUGUUUACCAUUACAAUCGGAUACAUUAAUGAAUAUAGCUCAGGAAGAUAAAAAUGCUCAAAAAAGUCUUUCACAAGCAUAUUAUGAUCAAAUAUGGAAUGAAAUGGAACAAAGAACAUUUACAGCUUCACAAUCAGAUUGUGAUUAUUCUGGUGCACAUUUAUAUAUUGAAGAAUAUUCGGAUAUUAAAAAACCGAAAAUAUCAAAAGAAGAAGCGAUUAAAACACGAGAAAAACAACUUCAAAGUAGUACAAAUAAUAAAAAAGUACGUCGUGCAACUGAAGAAAAAUCUUCACCAUUGGUGAAUGGUUUACGUUCAAGUACAGGAACAGUACUUACAUGGGGUGAUGGUUAUUAUCUUAUUGAAAUUUAUCAACCAGAAAUCUUAGGUACAAAUAAUCCAGUAUUUAAUGUUGAUCUUGUUGUAUCAAUGAAAAAUCAUCGUGGAACUUAUAUUACAGCUGAUGAACGUCCAUCAUUAAUUUUUUAUGGAUUUAUGUGUGCUAUUUAUGCAUUAUUUGCUAUUUUAUGGUUUGUCUGGUGUGCUUUAUAUUGGAAAGAAUUACUUAAAAUACAAUUUUGGAUUGGCGGGGUUAUUCUUAUUGGUAUGAUUGAAAAAUCAGCAUUUUUAGCUGAAUAUGAUACAUUAAAUAGAAAUGGAUAUAAAGUUCAUUAUGCAAUUGUAGCAGCCGAAGUUCUUUCAUGUUUAAAACGUGCUGUAUCACGUAUGCUUGUUGUUAUUGUAGCACUUGGUUAUGGAAUCGUUAAACCACGUUUAGGAUCAUUAAAACAAAAGGUUUUAGCUAUGGGUUUAUUAUAUUUUACAAUCGCAUCAACUGAAGCUAUUCUUCGAAUAAAUACAAAACAUGAUGAAAUAAAUAAUAAAGUCUUAAUUUCACGUAUUCCAUUAGCUAUUGUUGAUGCGAUUUUUUAUUAUUGGAUAUUUACUGGUUUAGUUGCAACAACCCGACAAUUACGUUUAAAAAAAAAUUUACUUAAAUUAAAUGUUUAUCGACAUUUUACAAAUGCGGUUUUAUUUGCUAUUAUCGCAAGUUUAUUAUUUAUGGUUUGGUCUUUAAAAUCACAUUUUUUUACAACAUGUAUUACUAAUUGGAGAGAAUUUUGGGUUGAUGAUGCAUUUUGGCAUAUAUUAUUUUCAAUAAUUCUUCUUGUCAUUAUGUUUUUAUUCCGUCCAUCAAAUAAUAAUCAACGUUAUGCAUUUGUUCCAUUACUAGAUCAAUCGGAUAAUGAUGAUGAUGAAUUCGGCGACGGUGAUGAAGAAAAAGGCGACUCGGCAAUGUUUGAUUCAUUAACAAUGCGUAAAGCAUCAAGCAUAGAAAGUGGUGGAUCAAAGACUAAAAAACAACAACAAGCAUUUUUAAAUCGUGAAGCAAAUGUUUCCGGUAGUGGAGCUGGAGGUUCAAAUGGUAAUGGUGUUGUUGAAGAUGCAUUAACAUGGGUAGAAGAUAAUAUUCCAACAUCAAUUGCUGAUCAGGCAUUACAAGCAUUAGAUAGUGAAGAUGAAAUUGUUAAUACAAAAUUAGAAAGAUCAAAAAUGCAAUAA